AUGUCGUACUCAUGGGUCGGCGCGCCUACUGUAUUCAAUGGCACUUUGCCAGAGGGUGGUGAUUCUGGUAAGUUUAUAUCACACUCCGUGGCAUCCGGUCAUGAACCACAGCCCGUGGCAUCCGAGUCUGAAUCUCGUCUGACCUCCUCGUANGCCACCGAAAACUUGAACCAAUGGUACCAAGCUGGUGACCAAGCCUAUAUCUUGAUUGCGUCAGCAAUGGUGUUGAUUAUGAUUCCGGGUCUCGGUUUCCUCUACUCUGGUUUGGCACGAAGAAAAUCAGCUCUCAGUAUGAUUUGGGCGUGUAUGGCAUCUUGCUCAGUCAUUACUUUCCAAUGGUACUUCUGGGGAUACUCUCUGGCUUUCUCGGACUACGCAACCAAUGGCUUCAUCGGCGACUUGCAAAAGUUUGGUCUCAUGAAAACUCUCGGUGCUCCUUCUCCUGGCUCGCCUUUGAUCCCUGAACUCCUCUACGCCUUUUAUCAGGUAUGUUUUCGUAUUGGUGUCAUUACACAUUGUCAGGCCUCUAACAAGAUACUANNGAUGCAAUUCUGCGCCGUUACCGCUGCCAUCGUCGUUGGUGCUGUCGCUGAACGUGGUCGCCUUAUUCCUUGCAUGGUAUUCAUCUUCUUCUGGGCUACUCUUGUCUACUGCCCUAUCGCUUGCUGGGUCUGGGGUGCCAACGGAUGGGCCUUUAAGUGGGGUGUUCUCGACUACGCUGGAGGUGGUCCCGUCGAGAUCGGCUCCGGUAUGUCAGCUCUUGCCUACUCGAUGAUUCUCGGAAGACGUCAGGAAAAGAUGAUGCUCAACUUCCGCCCUCACAACGUCUCUCUCAUUACUCUUGGUACCGUCUUCCUCUGGUUCGGUUGGUUGGGCUUCAACGGUGGUUCUGCUUUCGGUGCCAACCUUCGCGCUACCAUGGCUUGCUGGAACUCCAACCUGACCGCUAUGUUUGGUGCCAUUGCUUGGGUUGUUCUCGAUUGGAGACUCGCUCGUAAGUGGUCUAUGGUCGGUUGGUGCUCUGGUACCAUCUCUGGCCUUGUCGCUGCUACUCCUGCUUCUGGUUUCAUCACUCCUUGGGCAUCUGUCGUUCUCGGUAUCGUCACUGGUAUCGUAUGCAACUUUGCAACCAAGGUCAAGUUCUGGAUUCGUAUUGAUGACGCUAUGGAUGUGUUCGCUGAGCACGGUGUCGCUGGUAUGGUCGGUCUUUUCUUCAACGGCAUUUUCGCUGCUUCCUACAUCAUCGGACUUGACGGCGUCAACAACGGUGUCGACGGUGGAUGGAUUGAGCACAACUGGAAGCAGAUGUAUAUGCAAAUCGCUUACAUCGCCGCUGUCACCGCCUACUCAUUUGUCGUCAGUGCUGCCAUCGCCUGGAUCAUCAACAAGAUCCCUGGACUUCACCUUCGUGCUUCUGAGGAGGCCGAACUUCUCGGUAUGGAUGACGACCAGCUCGGUGAAUUUGCCUACGACUACGUUGAGGUCCGUCGUGACUACCUCGCCUGGACUCCCGCUCGUGACCAGCCUGAGACCGCCGAGCACCAGAUUCCUCAGGGCGACCGUCACGGUAUCCCUCAACACUCGCAAAUGCUUGAGGGCAAGGCUCCUAGCGAAAGCGACAGCCAAGGCAACGAGCACACCGGUAUUGGUGGCGAUCGUCACGCCGUUGCUUACGAGAAGGCCGAACGCGAACAGCGCACAUUGGACGGUUAG